UGACAGAAGGAAGACCGACUCGCGGCGUUGGAAGGAUGCUUUUAUGAGGCCUUCAAAUUCAGAGCGUCGUUGACAGAAACCCCAAGGCCACCUUGCGUCCAUCAUGGCACUGGUUCAGGCUCCGCCCAUCCCCAUGGAACCUCACAACCUGGGCCAUGGCGCACGCUCCCGUAGACGACACCGCUCGGGCCCCUCCCCGCCAAUCAACGUGCCGGCGACCGCCGCUCUGGACCUCACGGCACGCGGCUCCCGGGACCGCCGGGCUCGACGGGGAACCUCCUUACCUGGCUCGGAGUCUCCUCAGGAGCGUUUCCUGUACAACCGCAGUCCUCCGGCGCUGAGGAUGUCCGGCCGAAGGCAGGAGAGGUGCGAGUAUGUGGAUGACUGGAACGACCAAUGCGCGGCACCCGCCAGUCCGACGAGAUACCAAGACGAGAUGAAAGAGGGCUUGAAUGGGAAUGUUGGAGGACCGCCGCCCAAACUGAUACCCGUGUCAGGAAAACUGGAAAAGAACAUGGAGAAAACAGUGCUGCGGCCCACCGCUUUCAAACCCGUGAUCCCCAAGAGCCGUGGCGCCAUGCAGUACCUCUCCCCCCGUCACGGUGGCAACAUACCGGAAAGCCAAAAUACGCCGCUGCGCACCGCCCACCGCGACCUAUCGCCCUCCGCCUCAGAGAGACGCAGCUCGUACAGCGCAGGGCGGAACGGCGGCGGCGGGAGCAGCGGCCACUCCUGCUCGGUGUCCGACUCGGGACGCAACUCGCUCUCCAGUCUGGCGGGGGGAGACGGGCCGGCGGUAGCAGGGGGUCACCCAGAGGCGAUCAAAGGCACCUCCUCCGCGGGCAUCCACGGACACUCCAACUCUGACAGCGGCCGCUCAUCUUCCAGCAAGAGCACCGGCUCCGGGUCCGUCAGCGGCCGGGGUCAGCCGCUGUCGGACUGCGGGUCCGGCGGGCGCUCGCCGGGGCUGGUGGACGGUUAUGAGGGCAUGGUCAGGGACCUGGAAGACAAGCUGAGAGAGAGAGAGGCGGAGCUUCAGCUACUCCGAGACAAUCUGGACGACAACGAGGCCGCCAUCUGUCAGGUCUACGAGGAGAAGCAGAAGCGUUUUGAGCUGGAGCUGGAGGAGCUGCGGCAGAGCUGCGCCACCAGGAUGCAGGUGGCCUCCCAGAAGGCACAGCGAGCCCAGCAGGUGCUUCAGAUGCAGGUUCAUCAGCUCCAGCACGAGAAGAAGAAGCUGCAGGAGGACUUUGCGCAGCUCCUCAAGGAGCGGGAGCAGCUGGAGGAGCGCUGCACGUCCUACGAACACGAUAAAAUCCAGAUGGGCCCGAGACUGGAGGAGACCAAGUGGGAGGUGUGCCAGAAGUCUGGCGAGAUCUCUCUGUUGAAACAGCAGCUGAAAGAGGCGCAGGUGGAGCUGGCCCAGCGGGCGAGCGAGGGCGCGUCACUGCGGGGGCAGCUGCGCGACGCCCGCGGCGAGCUGAGCAACACCCAGGCCCUCCUGCAGGAGGCCGGCGCCACCGCUCGCGCCCGCGCCGCUGAGCUGGAGGUGUGCGAGAAUGAGCUGCAGCGGCGCAAGAGCGAGGCCGAGCUGCUGCGGGACAAGGCGGCGCGGCUGGAGAGCGAGUUGGCGCACCUUCGGGAGCCAGACGGAGAGCGGGACGCGCUCCGGUGCCUGGCCGAGCGCAUGCGGGGGGAGUUGGCUCUGGAGAGGCAGCGGGCCGAGAGGCAGGCAGGCGGUUUCGAGGAGGAGCGGCGGACGUGGCAGGAAGAGAAGGACAAAGUGCUGCGCUAUCAGCAGCAGCUCCAGCAGAACUAUGUGAGCAUGUACCGACGCAAUCGCCAGCUGGAGCACCUCUUGAGGGACCUCAGUCACGAGCUGGAGAGCCGAGACCAUGAUGACGACGACGGCAGCGGCAACGAAGUCGUAUUUGAUGAGGUCGCCGCCACCGAAAUUUGAUUUUUUUUUUUUUUUUUUUUUUUUUUUUUUUUUUUUUAACCUCACAGGG